AGGAGAGCAGAGACUAAUGACAGUCCCUAAUAAUAAGUGACAGGAAUAGGGGCCAUGGGUGGGUGCCAAGCCAGUGUGGGCUGUUGGGCCUGCCAGCAUGCACUGGGUGACAAGUGAAUCGUGCAUGCAGGAGGUGAAGGAGCGGCUGCUGUGCCACGUUCUGGUGCGGAAAGAGGAGGAAAAGGGACAGAUCACUCAAGUGGAUGUCACCUGCAAGUUCAUUUGCCCUGUUGUGCAAAUGUCUUCCAGAGCAAUCGCUUUCCGUGUGGAAAAGAAACCCAGUGAUGUCCUGACUCUGCAGUACCAGCCUUUGUCUUUAAAAAACACCUGCUCCCUGCCAUUCAGCAUUGUGCUGGACUUGGAGCAGCCGUUCCUGAUCUGCAAUGCAGACCAGCAGCCCCUCCCUUGCUGA